CCCGUACCAAAUGCCUUGUACCGAGAGCUAAGAUGUUUACACAUAAAAAAAUGUAUUUUUUAAAAAAAAAAGGUAGUAGACGUAUUACGAUAGUAGUAGCAGUGGAGACCCUGGACCUAGUGCGAAGCGGUUCGGCGCGAAGGCCGCUCGUAGCAUCGCAGGCCGCGGUGGCAGGAGGUUAUCUCGGCGCGACCCAAGGCCUUGGCGCCCCGCCAAGAGCGGCGCCUCGUCGCGCGGCGGGCAUUGCGUCGCCGGCAGCGCUACCCGCUGCUUGUCGUUCCUGCCGUCGCCGGCUCCGGUCACAGCUCCGCGUGCAGUCAUGGUGUCGCUCGGCCUGGUGGACUGGGGACUGCUCGCGGCCCUCGCCCUCAUCGCCGUCUACUCCUACCUCGCCUGGAGCUUCGACUACUGGAAGAGGAAGGGUGUGCCGUACGCCAGGCCGCGGCUGCUGUUCGGCAACAUGAAGGAGUUCGUGCUGGGCCGCAAGUCCGUGGGCCGCGUCUACCAGGACAUCUACUGGGAGCUGGACGGCCACCCGUUCGGCGGCUACUUCAAGCUGGGGCAGCCCAGCCUCAUGAUCCGCGACCCGGACCUGGUGAAGGUGGUCUCCGUGCAGGAGUUCCCCAGCUUCCACGACAACGACUUCGUGGUGUACGUGCACUGCGACCCGCUGUUCGGCCGCAACCCCUUCGUGCUGCGCGGCGAGGCAUGGAAGGCGGUGCGGUCGCCCCUGACCGCCGGCUUCACGGUCCAGAAGGUGAAGGCGUGGUUCCUGGAGAUGGUGCAAGUCAGCAAGAACAUGAACACCUACCUCAACACGCACGCGCCCAAAGGACCGCUCAACUGCAAGGACAUGGUGGGCAGCUUCGCGCUCGACAUCGUGGCGUGCUGCGCCUACGGCCUGGACGGCACGGCGCUCGUCAACCCGCAUUCCGAGUUCGCCGAGAUCGGCCGCGUGUUCCUGGCGCCCAGCAUCCGGCAGGGCGUGGAGCAGAUGAUCAUCAUGCUCUUCCCGCGCCUCGCCGGCUUCCUCAACAUCGGUAUAACCAAGAAAGAAGUAACCCAGUUCUUCCAACGUGUGAUGAAGGAAGCUGUUACCUACCGUCAGAAGAACAAUGUGAAAAAGAACGACUUCUUGCAGCUCUUGAUUAGCUUGAAAGAAAAGUCCCAGGGCAAGAAAGUGGUCAAUUGGUAUGAUGAGUUCACCGACGACGACAUCGCCGCCCACUGCAUGACGUUCUUCUUCGACGGCUACGAGACGUCGUCCAACUCGCUGAUGUACACGCUGUACGAGCUGGCCGUCAACCCUGACGUCCAGAGGAAGCUCACCGAGGAGAUUGUCGCCUCGCUCGAGAAAACCAACGGCGAGAUAACGUACGAGGGCAUCCUCGAGAUGAAGUACCUCGACAUGGUGUUCAAAGAGUCGGUGAGGAAGUACCCGUCGGUGCCGUUCAUCGGCCGCAUCUGCACGAAGCCGUUCCAGCUGGUGGCGAGCAACGGGCUGUCGUGCCGCGUGGAGCCGGGCACCCCGGUGCUCACCCCCACUCUCGGCAUCCACCACGACCCCAAGUACUACCCCGAGCCGCAGCGCUUCGACCCGGACCGCUUCACCGAGGAAAACGUGCAGAAGAGACACCGCUACGCCUUCCUGCCGUUCGGCGAAGGCCCGCGCCAGUGCCUCGGGACGCGCUUCGGCGAGGCGCUCGUCAAGUGCGGCGUGGUGUCCAUCCUCGCGCACUACGAGAUCCUGCCCACGGACAAGACGCCCAAGGAGCUGUCGCACAGCCCGCAGGCCUUCAUCUUCGUGACCGACGACGAGGUGUGGCUACAGUUCCGCAAGAGGAGUUGACGCUGCCCGCGCUGUCGCCCUGUAGUGUCUCAGUGUCUCUGCUUCCGUGUCGCCGUGGUGCAUACACGUGGCCUUUCUGCGACCCUGA